AUGAAGAACUAUGUGGAAAAUGCUUGUAAAAAUAGAUGGUUUCUGUCUCCAGAUGUUAAUGAACUACUCAGCAUGGCAAAUGAGCUAUGUAGCAGCUUUUGUAUGUCAGUGAGUGAUACAAUUGUGGGCAAUGCUCAAGAUACUAUUUCUAAGAUUAUGCCCAGGUUUUAUCCCCAGUUGCAAUUUUGUCGUUUAGUUGUUUCUUUUGAAGCAAAGCCUGGUUAUGAUAUUCUAAUGGCUGAUUUCCAUAUACCAAGGAACACACAUUUAGAUGAGAGGAUUUGUCUGCUUGUUGCUCAAAUGGAUAAUUUAGAGACAUCAUCAUGUAUCAUAAGCCCACAACAUGUGAGCUUUUUGGUAAAUGGGAAGGGUGUUGAAAGGAGGACAAAUGUUUCAAUGGAGACAGGACCUCAAUUUCCAACUGAUAUUACUAAAAUGCUUAAAUAUGGCACAAAUAUUAUACAGGCUAUUGGAUAUUUCAGUGGUAAUUACAUGAUUGCCAUAGCCUUUAUGAGUAAGGUAACUACUCCCUGUUCCACUAGAAUGGACGAUUAUGUUCAUCCGGUGAUUGAAAAACUUGCUUCAGAUUCUGACAUAAUUGAGGGGGCAUCAAGAAUAACACUCAAUUGCCCAAUAAGUUUCAAGCGUAUCAAAACUCCUGUUAAAGGACAUCUCUGCAAACAUCAUCAGUGUUUCGAUUAUGACAGUUUCAUGGAAAUUAAUUCCUGUAAGCCAUCCUGGCGCUGCCCAUCUUGUAGCACACCAACUAGCUGUAUUGACCUACGUAUUGAUCAAAAGAUGACCGAGGCAAGUAAUUUGUAUAUUCACUAG